AUGGUCAAACUUUUCAGUCUGCCGGGCGGUGGCCUGCUCCCUCUCGAGCCGCCCGCCGCUUAUCCCGUCUGCUGCCGCUCGCCGCCUGCCGCCCGCCGCUUAUCCCAUCUCCUGCCGCUCUACCGCCGCCCCAGCGCCUCUAUAAGAUGGCCCCCGGCCUCGCUUAUCCACAAGCGGCCGCGGAGGGGCUCGGCUGCCGAGCCGCCACCAGGGGGCGUACCGGCGAGGGGUUGCGUCCACCUUGCCGUCGAGUGCCUCCUCCCCUCCGGCCGUCCCGAUUCCCUCUUCAUCCUCCAGCUCCAGCCCAACCCCGACACCCCGGACGUCAGGCGGGUCUUCCGUCGCCUAGCCAACCUCCUGGCCCCUCGGCGCGAUCCCCAUCCCCGGCUGACACCGCCCUUCGCGCCGUUGAAGAGGCCUUUGCCCACCUCUUGGAGAGCACCUCCACCAGCGCCGGUUUCGCUCCUGCUGCUCCCGGCGGCGUUUCCGUCUCAGAGAUGUGCUCUGGACGGUCUGCCCCCACUGCUGCCAUGUGCAUGA